GGGCUCUUCACUCGCUUGUGGGCCCACUGCAGUGGCUACUCUGGCCCAGGCUGGAGCUCCUGCUGGCAUGCUCCCGGCCCUCCUGCUGCCCCUCCAGAUCCCAGACCACCUGCCCGGAUCCUCUAUGACACUCCAGGUGAUGCCAAGAGCAGCCCCUGAGCCCUGACUGGGUCACUGGGGCGACCCGCCAGCUGCGCAGACAUCCCUCCGGGCCUCCAGCCGCACAGAGCCAGCGCCAGGCCCCCAGCUUGCGUGACGUCCCCAGUCUGGGGCACGACUGUUUCCACCUCUCCCGAAGCCAGCCGUGCUGUGAGAGCAGGUGGGCUAGAGACGCAGCCCCAGACGGACGUGGGGCUUGCCCGGCUCCUUGCCCAGCGCGUGCAGAGGGGGGCUGGCGAGGUCGGCGCACGGCACGCGCUGUGUCGCGGGCCAGCGGGUGAGCACAGCAAGGCGGCUGCCUCCAAGUUCCCAGCCGUGUGCACGACUCCAGCGCUGCAAGCCAAGGAGGAAGCCGGGGGAGGCAGGAAGCCUUCCCAAGGGUUCGCGCUGUGUCCCGGUGCCUUUCCUCCGAGGUCCAGCAGCACAACAGGAAGCCUGGCUGCGGUCACUCGGCAGCGGGAGCGACCCUGAGAGCCGUGUGGCGUCACUCCGGGGCUCUCCCGUCGCCUCCUCUGCGUCAGGUCCUUGUGCCCUGCCAGGAGCCUGGGCUAACGCUGCCCUAAAUGGAAGCCGGUCGGGAGCAGGGGAGCAGCCGCUGGCCCUGGGGUAGAAGAUGUAGUGCGGAGACGGCCAGCCUAGCAUGGAGCUGAACAGGCUGCUGCUCCUCACAGCCUUCCUCCUCCACAUCAAGCUGUCCAGGAUGGGUCCGGCCCGGCUGGUCUGUGACAACCGGCUGAUCCUGAAAUACAUCAGCGAAGCCAAGGACAUGGAGAAGAGAGUGAGCCAGUGCCAGGAGCUGCCCCCACUAACCCAGCCCCUUCCACUGCCCAUGGUGGAUUUCAGCCUCCUGGAAUGGAAAUUGAAGACAAAUGAGACAAAAAGGCAGGAAAUCGUCUGUCACCUGGCGCUGCUGGUGGAUGCGGUGACGGCUGCACAGGACCAAGUGAAGCAGGAGUGUGCGGCUGCCUUGCUAGGGCAGCUCUACAAGAAAGCCAACUCCUUCCUCUUGCUCCUGCAGACCUUCAGCUGGCAGGUCAGCGCCUGGCAGCCGGACUGCGCCUCCUGGACAACCCCACAGAGCCACCCCAGCGUGAUCUUCCUGGUCUACAGGCAGCUCGUGCAAGGCAAGCUUCGCUUCUUCUUCCACGACCUGGCAAAGGAUUUCUGCCAGGAAGGGAGCCAGGGGAGUGCCAGAGCCCCUGAGCACCCCAUGUCCUCAGCUGCCGCGAGGGGACCAUGAAAGCCCUGCCUGCUGAUGGGGGCAUCCACCAGGCUACAGGGGGAGAGAGGGUGGGAAGGAAAUAGAUCCUGCCCCCUGCUCUCUAGAGAUGGGGGAGAUCAGGGCGGAGAGGGCUCUGCUGGAGCGGAGGAGAGAUGGCAGAGGACCAGAAAGGUGGCUCCUUCAGCCACAGAGAGACCCCACUGCUGGGUCACUCAGUGUCCACCCAGAGCGAAGACUUGAGAGCGGAGCAAAAAAGGGCCUGGUCCCUGAGAGACUGGAGGGGCCCGAGACGACGAUUCUCAGCUCUGCCCAACCCAGGAAAAGGGAGGGAUCUGCUCUCUGGAGAGAGCACCACUGGACGCAUGGUGAGGCAGGCUCUGUGGCAUGGGGCCUCUGAACCCAGCCAGCCCAAGUGCAACGUGCGCAGCACCAGAGAACUCGCCACCGCGCCAGGGCACGUGAGAGCCGACUUGCUCCCCAUUUGGCCCUGCACCACGGGGCAGGGGACUCGCAGUCCCAGGGGAGCAGCUGUCAGAACGCAGAUGGGGACUCGCACACUUGCAGCCCCGAGGUUCGUGUCCUGUCUCUGGGCAUGGGCCCAGCCCCCCGCAUAGCCCAUACUGAUGCACUCGCUCAUGGCGACGGUGGAAGAGGAAAAGGCAAGGGAGUUACGGGGUCUUGGACCAGGAAAACAUCUUACGAUUAAAGAGCUUAUUUUUCUAAAGAGCCCUGUGAUCGCAGAGGAAAGCUCUUCAGCAGAAGGGAAGCUUUGAGAGCUGGGCCUAGCACUGGGACGCAGGCCUGCUGGGGACCCAUGCCUGGGGGUGCCAGCCUUUUUAUUCUGGGGCUUCAGUGAGAAAUAGACUCUUCCAUCCCCCUCCUCAGGGGUCCUGUUCAGGCAAGGCUCCAGCCCAUCCGGGAGAACAGCCCCACCCUCACUUGAGCAAGGUAUCCAGCGCCCCCCUGUGGCCCCUGCAAAAACAGCAGGAGUGCCUUUCCCAAAGUGGCACACACACUUUCUCCUAGCCUGGCCCGUUACCCAUCUCGCAGGCAUCUCCCCUUCCAUCCUGGCCAUGCCGCAAUUUCUAGGCUGAAUUACAUGGAAGGGGACAGUGUUAGGAGACUAAGGCCGCGUCUAUGCUACAGCAGCCGGGCUACAGCAAUGCUGCUGUCAUACAAAAGCUUCCCACAAU